GCCACCCGGUCCCCCCGCCGCCCGCGCGCCGGACCCGCCCGCCCCGGGAAGAUGCGGCUGCUCCCGGAAUGGCUCCUCCUGCUCCUUGGCCCGUGGCUCCUGGAGAAGACCGUCCGUGCCCAGCUGCCGGAGUCCGGGAGGCCGCAGUACAUGGAGCUGCGCCCCGCAGCGGCCGGAGGGGGCGCCCCGGCCCAGCAGCUCCAGGCGCCCAAGUCCCCCGACGGCCUGGGCGCCGCGCGCGCCUGGAGCUGGGCCUGGGCCGCUAACCACACCGGGGCGCUGGCCCGGGCGGGGGCCGCGGGCGCGGCGGGGGCGCUCCCGGCGCAGCGCCCCAAGAGGAAGCCGUCCCUCAAGGCGGCCCGCGCCAAGAAGAUCUUCGGCUGGGGGGACUUCUACUUCCGGGUGCACACCCUCAAGUUCUCGCUGCUGGUGACGGGCAAGAUCGUGGACCACGUGAACGGCACCUUCAGCGUGUACUUCCGCCACAACUCGUCCAGCCUGGGCAACCUCAGCGUCAGCAUCGUGCCGCCCUCCAAGCGCGUCGAGUUCGGGGGCGUCUGGCUGCCCGGGCCCGCCCCCCACCCGCUGCAGUCCACGCUGGCCUUGGAGGGGGUGCUCCCCGGGCUGGGGCCCCCCGCUUUGGGGCUGGCGGCGGCGGCUGCGGGGGCGGGGCUGGGAGGCAGCCUAGGGGGCGCCCUGGCGGGGCCCCUCGGGGGAGCGCUGGGCGUGCCGGGGGCCAAGGAGUCGCGCGCGUUCAACUGCCACGUGGAGUAUGAGAAGACCGACCGCGCGCGCAAGCACCGCCCGUGCCUGUACGACCCCUCGCAGGUGUGCUUCACCGAGCACACGCAGAGCCACGCCGCCUGGCUGUGCGCCAAGCCCUUCAAGGUCAUCUGCAUCUUCGUCUCCUUCCUCAGCUUUGACUAUAAACUGGUGCAGAAGGUGUGCCCGGACUACAACUUCCAGAGCGAGAACCCCUACUUUGGCUAGGGCGCCCCCGCCCUCGCCCCAGCCCCAGCCCCAGCCCCGAGCUUCCCGCCAAAUCCCAGCCUCCCCGAAGUGAGACUCCCCCCAGGGACCCGCAACUCCUGUGGCCCUCCGUUCACCCUUCCGUUCUGGGGGCUGUUUGCUGGCGUGGGUCCCCUCUUCCUUAUGGGGAGUGCCUUUGAGGCCCCCUCAGCUACACCCCAAAGUGAAGGAAACAGAGCGCAGCCCCAGGAAAGGCGGUCCCAGCGUCCCCUGUGUCCGAAUUGGGCCCCCGGGCUGGACACGCCCUUCGCCCUCAGCGGUCAUCACGCCAGCCUAGUACCCUCAUUCCACCCUGACUUCCUCACCCCCAGGCUCUUGUUCUUCUGCCCCCCCCUGCCCCGCCCCAGUAAAAGACUGUGAAGACGUUCGUGUGUAAGCCGAGGCCCCGCCCCGCUGGCCUGCCCUGCGCCUGUUCCUCUCUCUCCAGCAUCCCAAUUAGGGGAGUGGAGGCCAACGCCUGGGCCUAGGGGAAGACUCUGGCCCCUGCCCUCUGCCCGCCUCCCUCCGGUCCCUGCAGUCCUGCCCCACCUGCCCCUUUCCGGCUGCUUCCUCUCAGUGAUAUUUUUUCUACUCCAAAACAAAAUAAAGUGAAAUCCAAUACGG